AGGGUAUGAGUGUGUGUAUUUGGGAGUGUUUUUGAGGCUCGUGGAGCUGCGGGGGGAACUUGAAAACUUCGUCGCUUAACGCCGAACGCGACGUGUGAGCGGACAGUCCGCUAUCUGAAGCCUGAAUUGGCUGCCCUCAGUCCAGCUGUGGUCGACAGCGGAGGACCCGGUCCGGUUCUCAGCAUUGGAACGAUUUCCGGCACAACAUGGAUGAUUUAGAUGCUUUGCUGGCGGACCUUGAGUCCACGACAUCCCACAUUUCCAAGCGUCCACUCUUCCUGUCUGACGAGAACGCCUACUCCAUCCCUGCUGGGGGUCAGACCCAGCAAGACCUCUGCUCUCCACCCACUCCCACUGAACAAACCCUGAACGGACUUGAAGAAACUGAAUCUUUCAGCUCAGCUCACAGGGGUCCCUGGUCUGGAGAAAACAACAGUCCAACACAAUCCACUGGUGAAGAGGACCACGUAUACAGUUUCCCUAAUAAGCAGAAGACGAGUGAAUCAUCAGCUGUUGCAAUGAACUCAGGUUUGGGCAGCAACCUGUCUGAGCUGGACCGCCUUCUCCUGGAACUCAAUGCUGUCCAGCAAAGCACCCCUGCCUUCCCCACAGAAGAAGAUGCAGCGCCACCACUGCCUGCCAGCAGUACCAUCCACCAUAUUCAUGAGAACGGUGUCUCAGCUACUGGCAAGGCCGCACCACCUGUGAUGGAGAAGCCCAAACGUGGUGCGACAGCGCAUGGGAUAGAUGAUGUACGACCAAGUGUAGAGAGCCUUCUAGAUGAGCUGGAAAGCUCUGUGCCCUCGCCCAUUCCCAUAUCUCUGGUGUUGUCAGAAGAACGAACAGAUGGACAAGGGGAAACGCCAGCACAGCAGCAAGCACGGAUGUCUGCCUCCUCUGCCACACGAGAGCUGGAUGAGCUCAUGGCUUCCCUGUCUGACUUUAAAGUCCAAAGCAAUUCCGGCUCUCAGUUGUCUGUAAAUCAGGAGGACACGCACCCUUCACUGGUAGCUGGUUCAUCAGUUGUUGAAGCAGUAUACGCCCCAUCUAUAAACCCUCACACUGGUGCACUGGAUAGUCCUAUACCUUCAAGUUACACUACUCCCUCCUGUACACCUCUUCCACUAGAACUACAUAUAGAUGAAGACGGUUGCUCAGGCCAUGUAACUUCAGCCAGUUCCAUCGUAGUAACUACAUCAUCCAAAUACUCCCAGGUCCAGCAGAAAGAUGAUGGUGUCAGUGUCACAUCUGAGUCGUCACACGUGGAGCGUCUCAGUGUCUUCAGUAAAUCUCUCAAACAACCUGAAGUAAACAACAUUACACUGGUGUCAACUGCUGAUGCACUUAGAAGUAAAGUCUCCAAUUCAGACGGAAAGAGUCCGGACACUUUUGGCAAAAUAUCUAGUUCAGCUUCUGCAGUGCAGAGCUCCACUAAAGUUGUUGUUUCCACAAAUUCUAGUGCUAUUCCUGAGCCUAAAAACUCCAGUCCACUCCUGAGAGCCAAGAGUCCUAGUCCACCUGAUCUUAAAUGCUCCAGUCUAAAUGAGUCUUACAAGAAUCCAAGUCCAGGUCCCAUUAGUCAUAGUCCAGAAAUAGCUGUAAAACGCUCAAGUCCAGUGACAGUCCUAGCAACUACAGAGGCAGCGCCGAAGACUGCAAGUCCAGUCACAGUUCCAAGGCUUUCGAGUCCAGUACCAGAGAGUGCGAGUCCUGUGACCGUCCCAAAGUGUGCUAGUCCAGUUUCUCUUCAAAGAAUUUCCAGUCCCGUGACAGUCCCUAAUAUCUCGUGUUUGUCAGCUAGUCCUGAGAAAAGCCCAAAGAAUGCCAGUCCAAUGAUAAUGGCCAGACUUUCAAGUCCAGUAAUUGAACCAAAGAGUGAAUCUGCAGCUCAUAAUAGUCCUGCUUCUGUCAUUAGAAAAGCAUACACAGUUGCAGCCACCAGCAGUCCCAGAGCCUCGCCUGUUUCACCUGCUAUGGUCCGGUCUCAUACCCUCUCUCCCCCAAACAUAAAAAAACAGGCGCGUGAAGUACCAUAUUCAACGUGGCCGUGCCGGGAGCCUUUAUUGGACGAUGCUUUAGACAAACUCCUAGCCUCCGACUCUCUCCUCUUGGGUGAGAACCAGCCACCUACCUCCCCCAUGUAUGGAGACGAAGACCGAUUUUGGGAGGAAGAAGACGGACUUUACCCUGACAUGAGCCUAGAGGGAACCCUCACACCCAUGACUGAGUCCAGCUGGAUGGACGAGUGUUUCACCCCCUCCUCCUGCCCCGGGACACCAGAUGCUACGAUGGACCUGCCAGUACAGCAGCCCUCUGCUGUAGAGCGGUUAUCUGCUUCUGGUCAACUCAAGUCAGUUAUCCGCCGCACCAAAGAGACGUCCAAUGUGCAUCCGAUGUACAGGGAUGGGCUUCUGCGGCGUAAAAUGGGACCAAUCAUUGUGAAUAAAAGCAACUCACAAGACAAACUCAUUGAGGAGCUGCAGGGGAAACUGGGGAUAGGGCGAGUGGAGCGUCGGCGCAAACAGCAGCCAGAUGAUUGGUUAACGGAGGGAGUCAUUGUCAUGUCUAACCCACAGCGAACACGUGAAGAAGGGGUCCGUCCAGCUGUGGAUAAGAUCAUCCUCUCUCCUGAAUAUCCUGCCCCACAGAGAAAAGUCCUGCCCCCUCAGCAACCUCCCCCAGCACCAAAAAAGCCUCCCCCAGUUAAGCAGACUCCUCCUCCACUACCUCCUCCCCCGCCGACUCCUCCUCCUCCUCCUCCUCCUCCACGAGAGCCCACCCCUCAACCCCCCAGAGAGCCAACUCCUCCCCCCAGGGAGCCCACACCUCCCCCUGUCCAGCCCCUUCCAACACCUAGCCCCCCUCCCAAGCCUGUUACGCCUCCACCGCCCCCCAAAGUCUUUGUAUCAGUGGGGUGUCAGACUGAGUACGACCCCGUCUUCCCACCAUUGCAGAUCCAGUCCCAGGGAAAGACGUCUCCCACUGCGCCCCCUAAACCAGCCAACAAGCUGGACAACAUGCUGGGCAGCCUGCAGUCAGACCUCAACAGACUGGGUGUCCAGACUGUGGCCAAGGGCGUCUGUGGAGCCUGCAAGAAACCCAUCGUUGGACAGGUGGUGACUGCCAUGGGGAGAACAUGGCACCCCGAGCACUUUGUGUGCACACACUGCCAGGACGAAAUUGGCUCCAGGAACUUCUUUGAGCGAGAUGGACAGCCUUACUGUGAGAAAGACUACCACAGCCUGUUCUCACCAAGAUGCCACUACUGCAAUGGACCCAUACUGGAUAAAGUUGUGACUGCUUUGGACAAAACCUGGCAUCCAGAUCACUUUUUCUGUGCCCAGUGUGGAGCCUUUUUUGGACCUGAAGGUUUCCAUGAGAAGGACGGCAAGGCCUUCUGCAGAAAGGACUACUUUGAUAUGUUUGCCCCAAAGUGCGGUGGCUGUGCCCGUGCCAUCCUGGAGAAUUACAUCUCUGCUCUCAACUCUCUCUGGCACCCGGAAUGCUUCGUCUGUAGGGAGUGCUUCACACCGUUCAUAAAUGGCAGCUUCUUCGACCACGACGGCCAGCCAUACUGUGAGGCGCACUACCACGAGAGGCGCGGCUCGCUGUGCUCCGGCUGCCAGAAGCCCAUCACCGGCCGCUGCAUCACAGCCAUGGGCAAGAAGUUCCACCCGGAGCACUUUGUGUGCGCGUUCUGUCUCAAGCAGCUCAACAAAGGCACCUUCAAGGAGCAGAACGACAAGCCCUACUGCCACGGCUGCUUUGUCAAACUCUUCAGUUAGACUGUGUGUCUGCGUCUGUGUCGUCGCAUGCACAUCACGUGGUUGUGUAUCUGAGUCGGUGCAGAGGUUUUUAAGGCAGAGGGGUGAUGAUGCACUGGUGGGUAACAUCAACUUGACAGUGAGUGUCCAACCUCUCAGGUUUGACAUUUCACACUUUUGCUAAAUAUUUCUAAGAGAGCCCAAAGAGAUUUUUAUUUAGAGGUUAAUUCCUGUGUGCAGCAAAGUAAAGAUGCUAAUUUCUCCCACACGUGUGUGCGUUACGUAUACGAUACAAAAAAUAUGAAAGGAGUUGUGAGACUUCCUCUUACCUGUGAUUUGUAACUGAUUUUAUUCCCUCAUCUGCAGGGCGAGACCUUGCACCCACUGGUGGUUUUUACAACGUGCAGGUAUGAGCUGCUUGUUUUGCAUGGACCACAGAGAGUUGACUGAAUUUAAACAUUUAAAAUAGGAGUAUCCAGUGCUUGGCUUGUGAGUGUUAAUGAUCUAUGAAAAAAAAGUGUAUUUUUCUACCUUUGGAGACUGAUGACGUGCCAUUAAAAAGUAAAGAGCCGUGUCACCACUCCACAUGUACAGUACAUGCACACAGAGACGCACUGAAGUCAGUCCUCACGUCUUUCACAAACCAGUUGAAACUCUGCACACUCCAGCCACACAUCUUUUGAUGGAACUGUCUUAAAGGUGUGUGUUUUACAAGUGUGUGUCAUCAGGAUAUCAGUUUUUAUUUUUCUACUGUUCUAACAAUCAUGCUGAUAGAAAACCGUGCAUUCAUACACACACACACCUGUGCUAGUGUGACUUUCUCGUUCCACGUUAGGAAAAUAACCACCGUGAAAUCAUUCAUGUAGGAACUGUUUUUAUUUUACUACUGCAAAAGUGUGUGUUGCCAUUGAGUUUGACGUUGAUCCAAUAAAAUCAAACCAUUAAAGCUUUUGAUGACAAAAUAAGGACAAUAUACAGUACAGUAUGUACUGUGAUUUUUAAAUGCUCAAUAUUUUGUGUUUUUACUUUAAAAAUAGAAAAAAAAGCCAAAAACAGAUGUUGAAAGUGGAGAGCUGUUGCUUUCAGAUUAUUAAUUUGAAUAAAUGUGUGCUUCAGUUCAACCUUUUUGUUCAGAUUUGACCUUUGCUAUCCUUGUGAAUUAUUACAUUAUAAAAUUAAGAGGCUUAAAGAUUUGGCUUUGCAUUUGGAUUACAAGCAUGCCACUUAACUAUCAGCACUCGCUGCCAGUUGCUGUUACAAUCAGAAGCUACGUUUCUAUACAGUAUGCUAGACAUUGUGACAAAGCUGAGUUUUGUCGCCGUUUCUAUUGAAAAACAUGUAUUUUUGAGACGUUAAGUUUCACACCAAUAUGCAAAGAGCUGGCUCUACUGGCAAUGGAGGAAAAAGAUACUGUUCCCUUCACACACACACACACACAGCUUUAAAUCUGGUGCAUCAAACUUUGAAUGAGAGCCCUCAGUAUUUCUACUUGGAGUCAUGAACGAUGACCCUGUUGUCGGACGUUAUGUGUUGGUCAGGAAUCAGAGUGCAGCACCAAGCCAGGGCCAAACCUUCAGCCAAAUUCAUGUUAGGACUCAUUUAUUUUACUUGUCUCUUUUGUGUUUUCUUCAUGAGGCAUGUUAUAUUAUAUAUAUGUUUUUUUGACACUCAUGGCUGCCUUGUCUUUCAUUUUGAUCACUGGGUGUGCGAGGAGUUUAUAUGCACAGUCUCCACUUACAGAUUGUUUUGAAAUAUGACUCAUGUUCUUGUGCCAAAUGUGUCGAUGCAAUAAGGUCUUACACACUGGAGCUGUUCUUCUCUCCUGUGCUUUGACUCUCUGUGGCUGAACUCUGGGAGAGGCUUCAUCUGCUGUGGUGCAUCUCAACUCUUUAAAACGUUAACACUGUAACAGACAAGUUCAUGGGAGGCGCCGUGUACUGAGCUGUUGGGCAGACAGUGAAGCAUUCAUUUGUAGCAGACUGAAGCAGGCGUGCACCUUCAGUUCAACUCUGUACACCCAAGAAAGUGAACAGGAAAUAGUGUUGAUUUAACCACCAUGUAUACUUAUCUUCUUGCAGUAUAUUGCCUUUAUAGUUUUUUGUUUUUUUGCUUCUGUCAAAGAUUAAAAUGAGACAAAACUCAAAAGCAUUUAAAGUGAACAUUGCUUUGUAAAUGGAGUCAUUUCUGUGAUCUUUUAUCAUUUGAAUUUUAUCAUGAGCCAAAAAAAUGUGUUGGCUCUUUGUGUGGUUGGGUCCUGAUAACUCAGUGACUAAUGCAAAAAUAAAACAAGUUCUAUUUCUGGCAUUGUUCUGUACAA